GGCCCCCCGGCGGGGACGGGAAUCCGAGUUGGGGGGGGGCUGACUCCCAGCUCUGGAGAGGAGCAGGCAGGGACGGGGGCCAGACCCGGGAGCAGAGGUGGGGAGAGGGGGUGCCAGGACUUCAGGGACGGACAGACGGACCCAGACAGCCUUCCUACUUCCAGGGCAGCUCACAUCCUGCAGUGUACGGGGACCACUGCGUGAUGUUUCCCGUUUAUAAUUUGAACGUCAUGCUCGUGAUUGCAUUGUCAAUGUCUGUUGCUGAAACUGAUGGCUUGAAAACACACAUUCGCCAUCUCCCCUCCCCCCCCCCCAUAACGCAAAAUGCUGAAAUGAAGGUCCAGCACCACAGGGUGAUCUGUGCCCCCCAACUCCUCCCAAGCAGCAAACAACAGGAAGAAACAGGUCUUGGGGUCCGGGGUCAGGUGUGCUGAUGGGCCAGGUGCCAGUUGUUCAUUUAGAAACCAGUCGCCUUCAUUUGACUGGAAAGUCUUUUUCUAAUCAAGGAACUUCUGUGCAGCAUCAUGUGCUCCUCAAGGUGUCUGGCUGGCCUGUCACCUUUCAUCUGGAGAAGGGAAAUGGGCUUCACAGGUGAAGGAAGCUAGAAAGGAAGCCCUGCCCAGGUGAUACAAUGGUGUCCCCAGUGCUGAUGUCCUUUCGGCGCCUGAUCUGUACCCUGGCCUCCUGCCGACCAGCUCCCCUGAAACACAGGAGCAUUGUCUCCCUGCAUACAGCCCCAGCAGCCCAGUUGGACCUGAGUGCCCCAGUGUUUACCCGUGCGCUGGCCUUCGGAAGCAGAGUUGCCCUGGUUGACCGGCAUGGCCACCACACCUACAAGGACCUUUACUGGCACAGCUUCCAUCUGUCCCGUGAAAUCUGUAAGAUCCUAGGAUGUGCAAGUGGAGACCUCCAAGAGGAGAGAAUCUCCUUCCUGUGCUCCAAUGAUGCCUCCUACGUGGUCGCUCAAUGGGCCUCAUGGAUGAGUGGGGCCAUCGCUGUACCUCUCUACAGGAAGCACCCCCCUGCUGAGCUAGAGUAUUUCAUCCAGGACUCUCAAAGCUCCAUAGUCAUUGCUGACCAGGAGCAUGAGGACCUCCUGAGGCCUGUAGCCAGGAAGCUUGGCAUCCCACUCCUUCCUCUCACACCCAGGGCCUAUACUGGGCUGUCUGAGGAGCCCAGUGAGGGGGUGUUGCCGGAGCAGAACUGGCAAGAUCGGGGUGCCAUGAUCAUCUACACCAGUGGAACCACGGGGAGGCCCAAGGGAGUACUCAGCACCCAUCACAACAUCAGAGCUGUGGUGACAGGGCUGGUACACAAGUGGGCCUGGAGCAAAAAUGACGUGAUCCUACACGUGCUCCCCCUGCACCAUGUCCACGGCGUGAUCAAUAAGCUGCUGUGCCCCCUUUGGGUGGGGGCCACCUGUGUGAUGCUGCCUGAAUUCAGCUCUCAGCUGGUUUGGGAAAAGUUCUUAAGUUCAGAAACUCCUCGGAUCAAUGUAUUUAUGGCUGUACCUACAAUAUAUGUCAAGUUGAUGGAUUAUUAUGAUAAGCAUUUUACCCAGCCUUAUGUCAAGGACUUCGUGCAUGCUGUUUGUAAAGAAAAAAUCAGAUUGAUGGUCUCAGGAUCAGCUGCCCUGCCUCUGCCAGUACUGGAAAAAUGGAAGAACAUCACAGGCCACACUCUGCUGGAGAGGUAUGGCAUGACGGAGAUCGGCAUGGCCCUGUCCAACCCCCUGAACACUACCCGUCUGCCAGGUUCAGUGGGAACACCACUGCCCGGUGUUGAGGUGCGCAUUGUUUCAGAAAACCCACAAAAGGAAGGCUGCCCCUACAUGCUCCAUGCAGAAGGGAAUGAGCAAGGGACCAAGUGUUCUCACGUGGUGGCAGGGAUCCAACCCAAGGUCCCACACACAGAAGACCUGUGUUCUACUUGCCAAGCCACCUCCCCGGCUUCGGAGUGCCUGUCGGUAUCCUGUUUGGCAAGCCAAAAACCCACCCCAAGGACAUUGCCCUGGGAGUCCAUCCAGCAGUCAGAACCAGAUGUGGCAGUUGUGCACUUCACUUGUGAUCUAUGCUUCAUCCAGGGAACUCUCUGAAGGGGUCUUCACUUGCCAGUGGAGCCCUCCUAGGCCAGACUGUGAGGCCUGGCACCUACUCAUAUCUGCUUCCAGAACAGGGAACACCUGCCCCAGGAUUGCUUCGUAAUGAACUAAGUGACACAGCGUCCCGACCAGAGCUGGCCAGAACUUGGCGUAGCCUCACCACUGGCCUGGAAAGCUGUGGUCUUAGUUAUUCUCAUCAGACUCUAAUUUCAGAAGUGCACUAUUAUGUCUGCUAACUCUCCCUCCUUCCAUG